AUGAACAAGCAGGUUCUUCUUGGAUUGGCUGUGUCUACUCUUUUCUUCAUUGCUGUCUACGCUGAAUGCCAAGAGAUUUACACUCCGUGGGUGUUGAGAGGAUCGUGCAAUGACACUUGUGGUGGAUAUGGAGUGCAAAAGAUGAUCCGAGCUUGUACGACGGGCUGCAAUUGCCAAGGUCCAUUCGUGCAAUGGACGUUGUGCAACGCGAAUCCGUGCGAUUUCCCGCGAAUCCCAUGUGGAAAUGGAUUGGGUCGAGUUUCUGUAAAUGGAACGGGAAUCGUUUGUGGUUACACAGUCAAUGAUGCAAAU